UUAUAGCUUAUUAAUUUGAAGUCAUCCAUGAAUUGACAUUCACAGCGUCAGGAAAUCACAAAGUUCAAGAAAAAUGGGAAAUGCUGAUACAAAGCUCAAUUUCCGGAAAGCUGUUAUUCAGUUAACAACGAAGACACAGCCUGUUGAAGCAACUGACGAUGCAUUCUGGGAUCAGUUUUGGAGCGAAUCAGUUAGUAAUAUACAAGAUGUAUUUGCAUUGGUUCCUGCUGCUGAAAUAAGAGCUCUAAGAGAGGAAUCACCUUCUAACCUUGCAACAUUGUGCUAUAAGGCUGUCGAAAAACUUGUACAUGCUUCGGAAGAUGGUUGCAACACUGAAAAAGAACAGCAAGUUGUUUUAAACUGUUCUAGAUUACUAACUCGACUUUUGCCAUAUAUUUUUGAAGAUCCUGAUUGGAGAGGAUUUUUCUGGUCACGACUACCAACCCAGCAACACGCCGAUGACAAUGGAGCUGAAAAUACUGUACCUCUUGCACAAUCACUGAUCUUAGCUGUUGCAAAUCUCUUAUUUUGUCCUGAUUUCACUGUCAUCACACACAAAAAGAAAGGAAAUCCAGAUAGACCAGAAGAUUUACAGUCUAUUGACAGUUGUGAAUAUAUUUGGGAAGAGGGCGUCGGCUUUCCACAUUCUCCGCCCACUAAUGGUUUCAUAGAUAAAAACAGAUCAGAACUUCUCAAAUUACUUUUAACAUGCUUCUCAGAGUCGAUGUAUGUCAUUCCAUCUGCGGAAAAACUGAAAAAUAAUCCAUGGAUUCAAUGUUUUUGUUCUUCGGAAAACCGGCACGCUUUACCACUGUUUACAUCAUUAUUGAACUUGGUUUGUUCCUAUGAUCCAGUCGGUUAUGGUGUACCAUACAAUCACCUUUUGUUUAAGGACCACAGAGAACCACUUGUUGAAAUAGCUUGCCAGAUAUUGAUUGUUACUCUUGAUCACGGAACUGCGGUAGUCGAUGAGCAAGUCAUGUCAAUGACUGAAGAAGAUCCGAAUGCUACACCUCACGCUUCGCCGACACAUGCAGACAGUGAUAAUUUGUUUGUGAAUUAUUUAUCGAGAAUACAUAGAGAUGAAGAUUUUGGAUUGAUUUUACGAGGUGUCAGCAGACUACUUAAUAAUCCACUUCAACAAACUUAUUUACCUGGGUCCGCAAAAAGAAUCGGAUUUCAUCAGGAAUUAUUGGUGUUUUUCUGGAAAUUAUGUGACAUAAAUAAGAAAUUUCUCUUCUAUGUUUUGAAAAGUAGCGAUGUACUCGAUAUUCUGGUUCCUGUUUUAUAUCAUCUUAACGAUGCAAGAACAGAUCAGUCUCGAGUUGGACUGAUGCACAUUGGAGUUUUCAUUUUAUUACUUCUCAGUGGAGAGAGAAAUUUUGGAGUCAGAUUGAACAAGCCUUUUUCUGCUGGUGCACCAACUGAUGUUCCUGCUUUUGCUGGCACUCAUGCUGAUUUCCUGAUCUUAGUCUUUCAUAGAAUUAUCACCGCUGGCCAUCAAAGAUUGCAACCAUUGUAUGAUUGUUUACUAACAAUCAUUGUAAAUGUUUCACCGUACUUGAAAUCUCUGUCAAUGGUUGCGUCUACAAAAUUACUCCAUCUGUUAGAAGCAUUCGGCACACCAUGGUUUUUAUUUUCAUCACCUCAUAAUCAUCAUCUUGUUUUCUUCUUGCUUGAAGUUUUCAACAACAUCAUUCAAUAUCAAUUUGAUGGUAAUUCAAAUUUAGUGUACACAAUUAUAAGAAAAAGACAAGUUUUUCACCAGCUUGCGAACCUACCAGUCGAUGAAGCUUCAUUAUCUAAAGGCAAAUCUAAGAGAAAAUCGAGAUCGUCGAUAUCGUCUGUACAUUCAAGUACCUCAACAUCAACAAAUUCUCACGUACCAUCAGGUAUAGGUGCUGAUAUACCAGUGCAUGAAGUCGCAGUUUCGAGCAAUGAAAUUCAACCUGAAAAUAAUCAAUCUGGCGGAGUGCUAAGCGCAACGCUGGCUUCCACACCUGCAUUGCACGAAUUAACAAUUGAUGCAUCAGGACAGGAACAUGAAGUUGAUGAUGACGAAGAUCUUAAUACUAUGACAUCACAAAUGCAAAAUGAUCGCCAACCUCAAUCUGACAGCGCAAGAGUAUUAGAAGGAGAAAGUUCCGGAACCGAGUCAGGAGUUGAUAAUGUUAAUUCUCAUAAUAAUGUCGCUAAUAAGCCUAGUGAUGCAGCAACAAGAUCCAAGAGACCAUCAGAUGCGAAAGCCCCAUCCGGGGAAUGGGUUUGCACUCCUGAAUGGGUACGAUCAUGGAAAAGCAAGCUACCUUUACAAACAAUAAUGAGAAUGUUGCAAGUACUCGUUCCUCAAGUGGAAAAAAUUUGCAUUGAUAAGAACCUCACAGAUGAGUCAGAAAUUCUCAAAUUUCUGCAACAUGGCACGCUUGUUGGUUUGUUACCUGUUCCACAUCCGAUUCUCAUCAGAAAAUAUCAGGCAAAUGCUGGCACAACAACAUGGUUUCGAACUUAUAUGUGGGGUGUGAUAUAUCUCAGGAAUGUUGAUCCACCCGUCUGGUAUGACACAGAUGUCAAACUUUUUGAAAUCCAAAGAAUAUAGGAAAGUUGCAGAUGACAAUCGUCUACAUCUAGGUGCUACCUAAUUCCAUAUUUAUCAGUUCCACAGUUCUUCAUGAAUAUCUAAUGCUAGUUACACCACUGAUUUUCAAUAUCAAAAGAGAUUAAAUAUUCCUUUUAAAUGAGUGUAUUCAAAAAGGUGCUUUUGAUGCUUUCAGUUGAUAAAAUAAACUGUAAUAUCGGAAUUGGAUCUAAAAAGGCGGCAAAAUUUCAAUAUAUGUCAAAUAGGAUUUGACCAAGGAGAUUAAAAUUCGCCUUUUUUGGUUCUAUUUAUUAGUAAUUCAAUGAAUUUGGAACAUUUUGAUGCCCUAAAAUCUCAAUAUUUAAACUUUUUUUUUCAUUUACUUUGAACUCUGUUUAUUCAUGAUACUCAUAAUCAUGUCAUAAAUCUGUACAGAAGUAUGUUUAUGAAAAUUGAACAUGAUGUGGUUGAGCGAAAAUCAAAAUAUUACACAUACAUUUUCACCCACCACAGUCUACCAUUCUUAGAGUUGGAGAGCUCCAAUCAACCAAAAUUUUGGUUUCAAAUGGUUAUUCAAUGAAAUUAUUGGAAUAGAUAGAUUUUUUUUUUAAAUCAAGUUUUUAGUGAUGCUUUAAGGUUCAGGUUUGUUUAAUAAAAUAAUUAUGCUUUCAGAGAGUAAAUUCUGAACUGAAUAAACUAUUUUUCGUACUUUAGUGACAAGUUUUUUUUCUAUGUAUACUGUUAUGUAAUUGUAAUAAUUCCAUGUAGUUUUAGGCUAUUUUUAUACUGUCAGGACAAAGAGGGCAUAUAUACCUUGUAAAAAGAAGUGCCAGUUCAAGACAUUUAUGCUGUCAACACUUUAGGUGAAAUAUGUCUGAUUUUAAACAGAUUUCCAACUUUUUUCGUUCGGACAAAUAUUGCAAAACAUGAUUAAGGUGAAAACAAAAUCGUUCCUCGUCUUACUAUGUGGAUAUGUCUAUCCAAACCUUUCUUUCAUACCUUUAAUUUCUUCAAUAUGUUAUUCUAGUUUAUUUUAUUGUUUUAGAUUACAAGGUACUAAUAAUUUUUUUUUUAUUUUCCAUUUGGUUUUAUUGUUUUCUUCACCAUGUUCUUAAUUUGCUAUAUUGGGAUAAUAUUAAUGAAAUAAAGUUCAUGGAUAUAGAAUACACUUUUUUGGGGAUUUAUCGGACAAACGUUUAUUGCACUUUGUAAAAUUGACUUUGUAAGGCUGAAAAUCUAAUUGUGAUUAUAGUUUAAGUUUGUCUGGUUUUUUUAUUUAAUCAAGAUUACUUUAUCCUAUCAUCUAUAUUUAUGUACGAUUGACAAUUUAUUUUAUAUCAUCGAAGCACUUUCGUUGUACAAACUCUGUCAAAUUUUUGAUUUAUGUCUUACAAUUAAUGUACUGUACAUGUAUACAGUAUACACAUAAAUUCAACUUUAUUAUUUUGCACAAGUUUUGUUCUGUUUGCUGUCUUUGAUGUCUUAAUUCAUCAACUGUGUCUGCCCAACUUUCAAGGAUUCCUAAUUGCAUAUUUUACGUUUUAUCAAUUUCAAUGCUACUGUGUAUGUUCUAAAUUCAAGAUGAAAUUCAUAAUUUUCGUUUGAAGCAAUGCAUAUUACAUCGCAAGGUCUCAUCUCUACUGCUUCUAUCUUUUCAGAGCUGCAUGUAUAUACGGGGUAGCGCAAUAUAGUUUGCUCAUUUAUUUUUUUCUUGCAGUGCAAUAUAUUUCUUUCCAUCUAAAACUGCAUUUCAGAGAAGUGUUUCCACUUCGCACAGGUUGGCUAAUCUAUAUUCGAUGAACAAACUUCUCUCGACUGAUCUAAAACAGACCUUAUUAUCACUUAUUGUCAAGUAUCGUCUGGUUUCAAGUUUAUACCCAGUAGUGCUAAUUAUGAGAAUUUAUGUGGAUUGUUGGCAUUUUACUGGCUUGGUAGUUAGCCCUAGCAUCAUUGUUACAUUAGUUGCAUUGUGCAUGUUACUUAUUCAUCAUGUAGUUAUUAGGUCUGGUUCAUUUUUAUGUGACCUGUAAAUGUAAUUUAGUUAUUGUAAUUUAUCUGUGGAACUUUGGUAGUUUGAAACAAGUAAUAAAACUUGAGAGUCUAUACA